AUGCAAUGUUCACAUCGUUUCUUUGCAUAUUUUCUGCUCUUGGUCGCGUUCCUUCUCGAUUCCUUCGAUCUCUGUACAAAUUUUCCCACAAACCUCUACAUUUCUUCCUCCUGCCGAUCGAUCCAUGUGCUCUCGGCUCCCUUUGAUCGGAAAGGAACAGUUUUGUCUCACGAUUUCAAGCGCAUUUUGGUGGAAAAUUGGCUUUUUUUUCUCAGCAAUUAAGGGGGAUUCUCGGUGCUUCCGCCUCGAAAUUGUCCGCCAGCGGAAUUUCUAGGCAUUCUUCUCCUAGGCGGUUGGAUCAUCUGCGGUGAUGGUGGGAAGGAUGAUGCGAUGGCGGUCACGGCCACCGCUGCCGAAUAAGUUCAAGGUGAGGCUACAGGUGAAGAGGGUCGAAGGGGUAAGAGCUGAGAUGGAGCCGGACGUGGAGAGAAAGGUGAUUGCGGAGGUAAGAUGGAAGGGGCCGAAGGUGACCCUGAGCUCGCUCAGGAGGACGGUGAAGAAGAACCGGACGAGGGAGGAAGAGGUGGGCGAUGGAGGCGUGGUAGAGUGGAAUGAGGAAUUUGAGUCCGUGUGCACCCUGACUCCUAACAAGGAGAAUGCAUUUUAUCCAUGGGAGGUUGCCAUCAAUGUGCUCAAUGGCUCAAUCCCUGUUGCAAAGAACAAGGUAUCUCUUCUUGGGGUGGCUUCAAUGAACAUUGCAGAAUUCAUAACUGCUGAAAAGGAGGUUGAUCUAAGUCUUUCGUUGUCAUUGCCUAGUGCUGCAGAGUCUCAGCUAUCCCUUCACGUAGCUCUUAAUAUAUUGGAAUUUAGAGUUUCUAAAUAUUCACACGAUAUGAUACAAAGGCCACGUACAUCUCCCGUAUCACCUCCCUCUGUAGAAGUUAUCCCUUUUGAAAAAGACGAGCUUCCUACUCUCAAAGCUGGAUGGAAGAAGUUUGUGUCUAUUCGGAGAUCCAGUAAGGCAUGCCAAGAUGACGAUGGCAGUGAGAAAUGCUCUUCUAGGAGUGAUGAUGCAGAGUAUACUUAUCCAUUUGAUAUGGAUUCCACUGAUGAUGAUGAUGACGACAAAGAAAUAGAAGAGAACAAGGAGGAUAUUAAAAUUAGGAAGUCAUUUAGUUAUGGCACAUUAGCAACUGUUAACAAUAUUAGUUCUGAGAUGAAAUCAGAUGGAGAGUUUGAAGAUUGGGUAUAUUACAAUCAUCGAAAAUCAGAUGUAAAUUCUUCACAUGUGCAGGAAAUAUCAUCAUCAGUUCCUGAACUUAAGAUGCCAAAGAGGAGCAUCCUUUCUUGGAAGAAAAGGAGGUUGAGAUUUAUAUCACCUAAGCCUAAGGGGGAACCAUUAUUAAACAAAGCAAAUGAAGCGGGAGGAGAUGACAUUGACUAUGACCGGAGGCUGCUUAGCUCCUCAGAUGAAUCUCAUUUUUCAAUCGGUUACAAAGGAGAGGAGGAGGAUGCUGCAGACCAAUCAUCCGUAUCCAAAUUCGACAAUGACUGCUUUGUCGUCGGGAGAUGGGAACCAAAAGUUAUAAUGAACCGUGACGGGAACAUGAAGCUUGCAACUGAAAUCUUUUUUGCAUCUAUCGACCAGAGGUGCGAGAGUGCAUCAGGUGAGAGUGCUUGCACUGCUCUUGUUGCAGUUAUUGCUGACUGGUUUCUAAGAAACCAGGAUAUGAUGCCUGUCAAAUCACAGUUUGAUAGCCUCAUCCAAGAAGGCUCCCUUAAGUGGAGAAAACUUUGCGAGAACCAGGAAUAUAUGGAACGCUUUACCGACAAGCACUUUGACCUUGAAACAAUAAUUGAAGCAAAGAUUGGGUCAGUUUCUGUGGUUUCAGAUAAAUCUUUGGUUGGUUUUUUCCAUCCCGAAGGCACUGACUGCAACAAUGCCUUUGACUUCCUACAUGAAGCCAUGUCUUUUGACAGCAUGUGGGAUGAGAUCUGCCAUUCUGGUUCAGAAUGCUCAAGUAAUGGAAGCAAACCCCAAGUAUAUAUAGUCAGUUGGAAUGAUCAUUUCUUUGUCCUCAAGAUUGAACAAGAUGCUUACUAUAUAAUUGACACACUUGGUGAGCGGCUCUACGAGGGAUGCCAGCAAGCAUACAUCCUAAAGUUCGAUGACAACACAUCCAUUCGUAAGGUUUCUAGUAACGCUGAGUCUGCAAGUGCCGUUGCUGAGGGCUUUGAUCAGGAGAAUGACAUGUCUAUGGAAGGAGAUCUUGUGUGCAGGGGGAAGGAGACAUGCAAAGAAUACAUCAAGAGCUUCUUAGCAGCCAUUCCAAUCAGGGAACUGCAAACCGAUGUCGAGAAAGGGCGGAUCACUUCAACUCUCUUCCACCAACGCCUUCAGAUUGAGUUCCAUUACACUCAGUGAUCCAAUGAGCUCAGUCGCUCGACUCCGUAUCAACAUGCAGAUGCUACAAUUUGAGAAUUUACGCAACUGCCAGAAGUUCUUGUUGUAUAGAAUUUAUGAUCUUCCAGGCUAUCAUUUUUGUGGUUUUGGGUGAUGGCUAAUAGAGAUUAGUCUUUUUUUUUUCACUUGACCUCAACUAACAAUAUAACUUUGUGGUAUGUUUCCGGCCCUAUUAUGAAGCUGGUCUUCUAGUAACAAAUGAAUACAGAAUUUGGUUGGAAUUUGUUCUUUAAUUUGCUUGGUUUGGAUACAUAUUUUGAUGUUUAAUUUUGCUAAUUAUGUUUCAAUGUAAACAACAGAAUAAUGUGUCAAUUUCAAAGCUCAAACUCUUACACUGAUCAAUCAAAUGUUAUUUGUGCGCAGGUCAAUCGAACAAGACAAAACUCCUACCACGACCUCGCAAUUCUUACAAUUGAUUUCUUCCUUCCCCGGUGCUAUCCAUGUCUUCCCUCACCGGAAAGAGGCACAACCUCAGCGAGCGGCGACGGCAGGGGACUGGGGAGCGGCGACGUUCGGCAGAGCGGGCACGUCGGCCGCAACCUCAGCCACGGGUCAACGCACCGCAAGUGGAACACGUGCCCGCACUCCGGCAGCACGCGCACCACGUCCGACUCCUUGUAAUCCGACAAGCAAAUCGAGCAGCACGCCGCCGCCGGCGUGCUGCCACUGAUCCCCGCCACCUUCGCCUGCGCGUACCGCAUCUUCGGGUAGCUCUUCAACGUCGCUUCGUCGACGCCGCCCUCCACGUCCACAGCCGGCGCCGCGCCGUCUGCUGCUGCUGCUGCAGUGUUGGCCCGAGUACAGAAAUAGGACGCGAGAGUAAGCGUGGUGAUGAGGACGAGCAUGCCGAUGGAGACGCCGAUGCCGUAGCCGAAGCCCCCGAUUUUGUCGGAUCCGAACACGCCGGCGCCGCUGGGCGCGGUGGCGUUCUCCAUCAAAGAUUGCUUAUUGAGCGUCCACAGCUGUUAAUCAGAGAAGAAGGUAAUUAUUACAUUCUGGAGAAGAUUUGCACCAGAUGAAGCUUCUGUGUCCAGGGAGUUAAGAUCUGAGAACAGAGCUGGAAUUGGCUGAGUUGACUGCAUGGGGGAACAUGAAGGAAGAAGCAAAAGCUUGAUCGGCUUGAGGAUGGAUUCAUAUAAUAAACUGAAAUAAUAAUAAAUUAAACAAGUUGCUGCAUUAAUGUAGAUUUUAAAAAUAGAAGUCAUGAUGCA